AUGGCAGCAAUCUCAACACUCCACGAGAAGUCCACGGACGCAUUACUACCUGAUCAUGGUAGUAACAAUCUGGAACUCGCUGCGUAUCAACACCAUAAUACAGCAUCGAGCAAAUUCCGACAGUCAGUAGGUACCAUUAACGAUCGCAACUGGUUCAGUGUCCUUGUCUUCGCCAUCUCUGUCCUCAUCUUCCACUUUGACAUCCACAGAAGAGCCAAACGUGGGCUCUCAGAUGAUGAAUUCAUGGAGCCUAUCUUAGCCCUACGAGGAGCUGCACAUUUAGGCAUGGAGCUAGGUCCAUGGCUGAUGAAGAGCAGGCUGCUCGCUGCAAUAAAACGGCGUGUCGAGGGUGAAAAGCCGCCAUGGGAUGAUCUCGCUAAACAAGCCAUCUCGAAUCUACAAUUAGUAAACGAGACAUCGUCGCCGCUUCAGACUCGCGCAAUUUAUCGCGAUACCUUGAACAAGCUUCAGUUUUGGCUGCGAUUUUCAUCGUGCAAACCGCGAACUUGGCUGCACUUUGUAUGGUGGCCAGGGGCUAUCGACCAGGAAUAUCUGGAUCUUCUAGCGCGAAAAGAUCAAAUGGCGUUGAUCAUUCUCAUUCAUUGGUGUGCUGUGAUGAAGUCUUCGCCUAAAAAGUGGUUUAUGGAAGGGUGGGCUGAAAACGUUUCUCGACCUGUGAUUCCACAGAUUGGACAAGAGUGGGAUGGUGUUAUGGAGUGGCCGCUAUCAAGAAUAUGA